CACUAUCAGCACCACAACUUCUGAAUUCUCAAUGAGUAAAGAUGUUUUGGUUAUUCUAUUUCUCUGCUACUAUUGCCUCAGUUAUUUUAAAUUUUGUAGGAAUCAUUGUGAGUCUGUUUAUUACAGUGGUCAAUUACAAAACUUGGGUCAAAAGCCAUAGAAUCUCCUCUUCUGAAAGGAUCCUGUUCAGCUUGAGCAUCACCAGGUUUCUUAUGCUGGGACUAUUUCUGGUGAACACCAUCUAUUUUAUCUCUUCAAAUAAGGAAAGGUCAGUCUACCUGUCUGCCUUUUUUGUGUUGUGUUUCAUGUUUUUGGACUCAAGCAGUCUCUGGUUUGUGACCUUGCUCAACAGCUUGUACUGUGUGAAGAUUACCAACUUCCAACACUCAGUGUUUCUCCUGCUGAAGCGGAAUAUCUCCCCAAAGAUCCCCAGACUGCUGCUGGCCUGUGUGCUGAUUUCUGCUUUCACCACUUGCCUGUAUAUCACACUUAGCCAGGCAUCACCUUUUCCUGAACUUGUGACUGAGAGAAAUAACACAUCAUUUAAUAUCAGUGACGGCAUCUUGUCUUUAGUGGUUUCUUUUGUCUUGAGCUCAUCUCUCCAGUUCAUCAUUAAUGUGACUUCUGCUUCCUUGCUAAUAUACUCCUUGAGGAGACAUAUACAGAAGAUGCAGAAAAAUGCCACUGGUUUCUGGAAUCCCCAGAUGGAAGCUCAUGUAGGUGCUAUGAAGCUGAUGAUCUAUUUCCUCAUCCUCUACAUUCCAUAUUCAGUUGCUACACUGGUCCAGUAUCUCCCCUUUUAUGCAGGGAUGGAUAUGGGGACCAAAUCCAUUUGUCUGAUUUUUGCCACCCUUUACUCUCCAGGACAUUCUGUUCUCAUUAUUAUCACACAUCCUAAACUGAAAACAAUAGCAAAGAAGAUUCUUUGUUUCAAAAAAUAGUGGAAUUUCAGUAAACAAUACCUAGAUUCACCUGAUGGUUU